CGACCGCUACGCACGCUGCUGUCAGUCUAGUGGUACGUUCGUUGGAAGACAAAACCGAUCUACGCGGAGCGUCUGUGCACUUUCCGUACUAUACGCAGUUUGCAAGUGUAACAAUAAUAAACGUCCAGACAGCUUAGCAAAAACAAAACAACACAAACAAACGCUUCCGGUGUCCGUUGUUCUAGUGAGUGUUCUCGGUCGGUGUAUAGACAAAACUUAAGGCAAGGCAAAUACUUUAAGAAGCCCCCACCGUGUACGACAUAAUGCUGUCCCCGACAGUGAAGCGGAUGGAGCGUCCGCCACCGCCACCGACGCCACCAAAACCGGACCGUAACCAGCAGACGGCGAAGGCACAGCAUAACAGUACUGUAGCACCAGUUCCUUCCCAAACGCCAGACGAGGAGCAGGUCGUGAUGACACCGCUUGGCAAGACAAACACAUCGACGGUGCUGCUGAUCGAGCGGAAGCUAAUACAGUCGGUUGGCGAACGGACGCACGUGGCCGGUGGCGAUCAUCGGGGCAUUAUCAUAAACAAAACUGCCGAAGAGCAAUCCAAUAAACAGCGAGAACCAGCCCAGCUGAGCCUUGAGUUUCGUGUCUUUCUCGUCAGCGCCAACAGUGGUCAACAUUCGCAAGAAUCACGGCGCAUCAAGUUCUGGUUCCGGCCGUGGCUUACCUCGGAAGAUGUACAGGCACAGGUAGCGCAGGACUUUUUCCGCGAGCUCGUCAGCCCGAAAGAGUUCCCGCGAGACUACGUCGGGUUUAUCAAGAAGAUUAUGAAACUACUCCAGAAGGGCUACAACGAAAUACAGGCCGUCGAGAUCGAGCUACGGAUACUGGAGCAAACGUCAGCCCCUCCAUCAAGACCUUCGCGCCCCGGGCACGUGAUCAUCUGUUACGGCAAUUGUCACAAGCUUGACACAAACAAUAACGAUCGGGAUCAUAAAAAUUUCACCGACGGUGGUGGUGGUGGUGGUGAUGGUACGGUUGGCAGCAGUAACGGCAGCAUUCAUGUUACACCGAUCAGCCAGCGUAAACGGCAGCAGGACGAGGAGCAAACCGGCGAGGAAGUGUCCUUCGAGGAUGAACAGUUCGAAGUUGUUCCGCUGACGCCAGAGAAAAUACUUGAACUGAUUGAGCAAGCUUACCCGAACCCAAUCGCCCCGGAAGAUCUAGCCAAGGACUACGGAUGGGAAGAGGAGGAAGUGCUUGCCAUAAUGCUGGUGCUGAAGGAGCGUGGUCUCAUUAAAUCGAUGGAGUACAACUCGUUCACCCGCAUUCACCAUGACGACCAGGCCAUCAAAAUCGUCAAGCAAAUGCCGACGAUCGCGUCGAACAAGCAGCCAACGAUUGCCAUCAUUACUGCGCAGUACUGCGAAAAGCUGGCGGUUGACGCCAUGCUGGAGAACAAGGAAACGUUCGUGCGCUACACCACCGUAGGCACUUCCUCCGAUAAGCCCAGUACUAACGAUGCGGAACGACACAAACAUAGAAGAAAGAAUCGGUUCGGUGAAUCGAACGUAUAUACGCUCGGCAAUAUUGGUGCGCAUCGGAUCGUUAGUACCAAGUUGCCGUCGGUUGGUAGCACGCGGGAAGCAAUGACUGCGGCGGGUAAUACAACGACCCGGCUACUUGGAACCUUCCAGAAGGUGGAUUACGUGUUCAUCGUGGGAGUUGCUGGAGGUAUCCCGCACUAUACCGACUAUCGGCGGCACGUACGGCUUGGUGACGUCGUGAUCGCGUCCGCGAUACAGGAACAGAACCCAACCAAUGGUAAUCCGCAGAAACCGUACUGCUACGUGUACAGCAGUGGUCAGACCGAGGUGAAGCGCUACUACCCGACCGACGAUGGUCUGCAGCUGAUUGCACGUACGAUCGUACAGAACGAUGACGGUAAGAAGCCGUGGCUGCAGUACGUACAGGAAGGGUUACAGCAGCUGAGCGGUCGGGGUGGACACGCGGAGCAUGAUUUUGCCCGUCCGGCACCGAACACGGACAAGCUGUACAUGAACAUUGGCAACAAGAACGUGAUCGAGGUAGCGCAUCCGAUCGCCCAGACGGAUGGCGAUGGAGAUGAAGCGGAUGCUGGUCCAGUACAGCACCAGACACGCUUACAUGCCGGCCCGAUCGGGUCCGGGUACGAUCUGGUGCGGUCGGACAGUGCCCGUACGGAGUACGCCCAGACGUACCAUCUGCUAGCGACCGACAGCGAAAUGAACUCGGUGCUGGACAGUGUGGUCGGCAACUGUCGGGAAAGCUUCAUCCUGGUGAAGGGUAUCGCUGACUACAAGGAUGGUACCACGUCACGCAAAUGGCAAAACUAUGCCUCGCUGGCAGCAGCCGCCGUCAUGAAGACGAUCGUGUGCGCGAUGGAUGCGCCUACGAACGUGUAAGGAACGGAUAGAGAUCCCCUAGCUUAUAAUCCAUAGUGUUCACCAAACCUCCUAUUAAUUAAUAAUAUCACCCUUUUGUUCGGGAGUGCAAAACAGAAACAAAUUCGAACCAUCCGGAAUUAGGGAUGUUUGCUGCAUGAAGCAAAGGAACAAACGAUGAAGAGAGAGAGAGAGAGAAAACACUCAAAAAGGACCAAAAAACGAUUCUAGUAAAAAGGGAAACCAUUUUUAGCUAUUUAUGAAAUAUAAUUAAUAGAGUAAUAUAUUUCUGUAUACACGGUGUCUAA